CCCCCAAACCCAUCUUAUACUCUCAACCUCUCCCUUCUCCUUAAACCCUAAGCAACCAUGCAAUCGACUUCCUUCUUGCCCUCGACGCUUCCUUGCCUCCCCACAUUCUCUCGCUCCACAAACCUGACGAAGAAAGCGACUGCCAGGAAACCCGAUGUGAGUAUUUUCGCGGCAUCAAGGAGAGAAGAGGACUACCGUCAGGACAGGUACUUGGGCGGCCAUCUAGUGGACCUGGACAUGAUCGUGCUCCGGAAGCGGAUCCACGAGAUGAGCAUGGCAGAGCGGGGCCAUGAGCCGCCCCCCGAGUGGAUGGGCUGGGAGAAGCGCUGCUAUGCAAGCUACGACUCCAUUAUAUGCGAAACCGUGGGGUUCCUGCAGUCUCGGAUGAUGAACGCUAGGCCCGGGGUUGUUCUCGGAGUGGCGGCUUUGCUGGCGAUGAGUGUGCCGACAUCUUCGGCGUUGGUCUUGUUCCGUCUGGCCGAGAUGGCCAGAGAGAUCUUGGCAAAAUAUCAUCUCUGCGCCUAGUAACCCCAGUCAGUCGUCGUCACUAACUUAUGAGGCAAUGUUCAAUUUGAGAUAUUUCCAACCGAAUGUUGGGGUUGUGCUUUUUAAUUAAUCCUCCACCUCCAUGAAUAAUAUCUCGUGAUGCAAAAGCGUUUACAUCAGCAAAUAUGCUUAACA